AUGUCGCUCAUCCCCGAAGUCCAGAUACUCGAGCGAGAACAAUACUUUACACAACAUUUGAUCCCAAUCCUUGACGAAGACCCCAACUCACAACUGGGACUGUCGUCAGUUCGGAUACGAACCAAGGUCAUUGGCCUCACAGCAAGCAAUAUCACAGUUGCCAAAGUCGGGUUUCUGUUCGGCUGGUGGGACGUGCAUCCAUUGCCCAAGUCCACUCCUGCGCCAUUCAACGACUCGUCAAGAUAUGGCCGCACCAGUGCUUGGGGCUAUGCAGAAGUGUUGGAAUCUACCGCUCCGUUUGUGGAAAAGGGUGACUAUCUUUGGGGUUACCAGCCUAUCGGCACCUUGGCGCAGGAUCUCGAGGUCCGCGAUGCCGGAAUCCCUGAUCAUGUUAUCGUUACCAGCGCCCACCGCCAGCAUAUCGCUCCAUUCUACAAUAGGUAUAUCAAGUUUUCUAGCGGCAUAAAGCCAGCUGUGAUAUCGAAAUCCUCGUCUAUCGGCUACGACGCGUGCAUCAGGGUCAUGUACGAGACGUCGUACUUGUUGGCGCAUUUCGUCUUUGCAGCAGUUCCAGGACACCAAGUACAUCCAGGUCCAGAUAUGACGACGCCUUGGACUGCGGACAUGGCCGAUUUAACAGCUGCAACAGUUGUCAACUUUGCACCGGGUUCAAAGGCCGGGCUGUCCCUUGCGCAUAUCCUCAAGUACAGCAGGAGUGCAGCCCGACCUAGGAGGCUAGUGGCCGCACCGACUUCAUCCUCAUACAGCUUCGUUGAAGCGACUGGCAUAUAUGAUUACACAAAAAGCACAGAUGAGAGUGCACUGGAGGCUUUAACUGCAAUAGGUGCCGCAUCUAGAGAGAAGAUUGUACUCGUUGACUUUGGCGGUCGGGGCGGCGUUGCGCAAUCAUGGGCUACCGAACUUCGUGCCGGCGGCAAAGACGUGCUUCUACUGAGCCUCGGAUAUGAGAUUGCGGAAAUGACCCCGCAAGAGUUCUCCAAGUCACUGACGUCUUCAUCGGCAGUCCAAGCUGUCCGUGUCAGCGUGAGCAGCAUUCGCGAUCGGGCUAUUGCAUUACAAGGUGAGGAAAGGUACUUCGGCGAGCUUAACACAUCUUGGCGGUCCUUCAGAGCUCAUGGCGUCCGGGGGUUGGACGUCACCUGGGGUUCAGCUUAA